CUCGUAUGAGCGUAUGGGCCAUUAACUACUCUGCUGCUCCAAUACGUUCCAGCGUAAAAACAAACAGGAGAGCAUAGUAGACGUUUCCGAUUCUUGGGAAUAUAUUGAAUUCUUUACCUCGUGGUCUUGGCUAUCAUACUACUGGCAAGGCUAUGCUUUGUCCUUAAUCAGUCAAAAACCUCGCCCCUUCACAUUUAUUGAAUUCCCUGCUUUGUGGUUGCGCCAUCACACGUAGAAAAUGAGGUACCGAGAGACGACUCUUGAAAAAUCGAAAGCACUGGACUUCUUGAUAUAUUAAUCAUGGACGGGAACGAAUGUGUUGAAUGAUAACUAGAAGGUGCUCCAUGUCCAUGCUGCUUAGGUACUAGGUAUGUUCCCUUUAAGUAAGUACUCUUCUUGAAUUACUUGUGUAUAAUUUGCUGUGGCGUUGCACUUGAAAUUAGAGGUAUGAACAAACGGACGACAAGAGAGCCAGGAGUACCUUUGGAUCACUUCUUGGGCAAUGCGAAUAACAGCAUGAGCAGUCCACGCUCGGUGAAGCCUGAUUUUGGUGCAGACGGGGGUGCACAAAGUCAGAGUUUUCUCUUCCGGAAUCUGGAUGUGGAGGAUAGAGGUGCAGCGCGUCGAAUAACGGACGCGAGGAAGCCAGCGGCGACCGCAGAAAUGCAGAAGAACAUUUACGAUUUCCGAAUGUCCAUUUUCAGAAGUAUCCUCAUCAAGCUGUAGCUGUUUCGUCAAUUAUGUAUGACUAACGGUAAUAGGAACGAACAGUGAAGGCAGCUUGAAGAUGAAGAGUUGCAAGAUACUUAUAGAUGACGCAGGGCCACACGGCCCCCCCUCCCCCCCCUUUGGUCUGGUCUGUGGUGGCGCGCCCGCGCGCUUUUCCGUGCGGAUUUUUCGCGGAUUCUAGUGGUGGAAGGCGUCAAAGCUUGGCGCGCUCCCUUUGGGCCUCUCAGCGUGUUCGGAAGGGACCGCCUGGCCUCUGCUGACCCUCGCAGGCGGGAGGCCUCCGGGGUAGAAGGCCGCCGGAGGCGGCCACGGUCGCAAGAGCAAGCAAGCCGAUGACCAAGGGCCCGGAGGGUGCAGGCGGCACGGCUCAGGGGGUCCAGCCCCUCGCCUUUUGCCGUCUUCGGAGGCCUUCCGUUGCCGGUGCACUGUUGCGGCGGCGAAGCCUAGCGGAUGCACUGAGGGCACAGGCAGGCACCGGGGCGGGGGCGCAGGCGGUCCCUUGGGCCGUUUUUGAAGCCUCCCACCACCAUCGGGGGCCCCUCAAGUCUGUCGGGUACAUGCAAACGAGAAGGAGGCAGCCCCUUGGUCCCCCCUUGAGGCCUUCCACCUCCUUCCCAGGCCUCCAGGGGCCACAAAGCUCCUGAAAGGGGCCGGGGGUGGCCCCGUGGCCCCCCUUUUGCGGCCUUCCUCCCCCGGCAGACGCCUCCCAAAGGGGUCCAGGGCGCCCGCCCCCCGGGGGGGGGCGGGCGUCGCCCCGCGCCCUGGAACAUAUGACGCAGGACCGCACGGCCACCCCCUUCCCCCCUGGUAUUAUUUGUUGUAGUUCUUGAGCUUUCUAAAACAUCGGUCAAAUGCUUGAGAACCAGGAAAAAUUGGAGCAGCUCGAGAAGGAUACGAAAGAAAUGGCCGAUGAGGCAAGAGACUACAAAGGCCUUGCAUCACGCCUCGAGCAAGCGAAAUAUAAAGAAAAGCUCAUUCGUGAAGGCAAGUUGCCUGCGAAGGGCGACGGUGAUGGAGGCACCAAGCGAGAAGAUGGUAGCUGCGUCGUUUCGUAACCUGAGAGAAGCUGUACAACGCAAUCGCACUCCCUGCAUAUCCUGGAUCACUAUUCGUCCAGGUCUACCAAGUAGUGCAGCUAUGAGCCUUUUUCUCCACUCCUUGUAUCAAAUCGACUCCGUUUGUUUCCUUCUAAUACCUAUCUUGCAUGGUGGUUUUAUGCUGAAUGCAUCCAUGGACGCGAUGCGAUUGAAUAAUGCUCGUGUCUUCGACGGACACGUAACUUGUGCAGGAUGAAAAGCCAAUGUGAAUUGUGAGGUCAUAAGAAGUCGGCCCAAUAU